AUGAAGCGCGCAUUGGCUGGAGAUCCCACCAGCUCCGCAGAGAAAGGCUCAGCGCCAGCCGCUCCAACCGCGACAGAGAGUUUCACAGUCGGCAGGCUUCUACGACGAGGCACUUUUGACAAGCUCUCUGACGUGCAGGAUGAGGGCUCCCUUUUGAAGAUCAAG